AUGUAUGGGAUGACACGUCACACUUUCAAACGUUCGACGACGUGCAUCGUGGUCGUGUGCUGCCUCGCCUCGUGGGUAUCGUGGCACGGAGUGUCCGGAGUGAAAAACAUCACCUACGGGGUAGCGAGACACCUUAGAUCUAUUGGAUUUCCCGAGGGCAGCGGCACAGGGAUAUUCUUCGCCCUUGGUGUGCCGCUCGACAUUCCCGACAAAUCGGUGCUAUUUUCUCUGUAUUUCGAGGCGAAUUAUGGACUCCCAGGGGAAUGGAGCUCCAAUUAUUACGGGGACGAGGAAUCGAAUCUCGAAAAACGAAGUCUGGAUCGACGGCUGGCUUACGAUAUUCUUAUUAGCAAAUUGGAAAGUUUCGGUUAUUCCGGGGAAAAUUGUCUGCUAAAAAUGAUCUGCGAAGUUGCGAACUUUCCUCUAACUAAUAAUGGAGUGCUCGGCGACGUCCUGCAAAUUUUAUUUACGCCAUCCUCUUCGCAAGAUGAAAAUCUUCCGAGCGAGAUCACCGAGGCUGAGUACACGAAAGAUUGCAAUAACCGCUAUAAAAAAUGCCCUCAAAGUCCAUUAGCCUUGAUAAGGUACCACGAUCUCAACGAUAAUAGUUAGAAAAGCCACGGUUAUUAAACGCAAUCUUCAUAAUUCGGUACAGUUCAUGGCCUAUCGUCCGAUAACGAGUCUCGUAAAAAAAAAAAAAAAAAACAACGUGAAGAUUCUUACAUCUCUGAGACAAAUAAUAUUUAUCAACAUCGAACGAUACAUAUCAUUUU